CUGUCAGCAGCACAGAGUGUCAUGGAGGGUGUGCGUGAUGUCCUUGCCUGCUUGAUGUCUUUCUAACGUGGAUUGGACACUCGUUUUCAACCGUGCGGAGGUCCCUGUUUUUCUCAUCACACGAUUUGGUUUUGACAGUCCGAUAUGCCGCUUCAUAAAUACCCCCCGAAAUUGUGGGAGGCCCUGAAAAUGAAGCAGGGCAUCUACGCUCGUCUCCCCAAACACUACCUCAAGUCCCUCCAGCCAAAAGAGCCCACUCCCGUCCAUUGGAAGCCUCUGGGAGUCCAGCACCGAGCCAACCCAGUGACGGGGCAGAAAGAACGGGUGCAGGAUGUGCCGAUACCCAUCUAUUACCCUCCGCAGUCCCAGGACGGCCUGUGGGGAGGAGAGGGCUGGAUAUCAGGCUUCAGAUACGCUAACGGUGACAAACUGUCGACUCGUCUGAGGAAAACCUGGAAACCACAGCUGUUCAAGAGAGACUUGUACAGCGAGAUCCUCGAUCACAAGUUCACCAUCACAGUCACAGCACGCACCCUGGACCUCAUCGAUGCUGCCUUUGGAUUCGACUUCUAUAUUCUCAAAACACCAAAGGAAGACCUGAACUCCAAGCUUGGGAUGGACCUGAAGAGGGCCAUGCUGCUUCGCCUGGCACGCAAGGACACUGAGCUCUACCCCUCUGACGCCAUCAAAAGAGAGAAAGUCUACGAGAAAUACAAGCAGUUUGAGGUCCCAGAGGAGGAGGCAGAGUGGGUGGGUCUGAAUCUGGAGGAGGCUGUGGAGAAACAGAGGCUGCUGGAGCACAAGGAGCCGGAGCCUCAGUUUAUGGCCUGUGUGGAGAAGCUGGUCGAAGAGCUGCACAUACAAAAACUCUCAGAGCCACACCUCAUAGAGAAGAAGUGACAGCAUGAACCGUCUGAGCAGGACAGAGGCAGCUUUUCGGACGGACUGAAAAAUAAGUAGGUUGAACUUCAAGCUUCUCCAGUUGGUGGUGGGAGUCACCAGGUUUCUGAACCAUUUUCACCUGGGAAAACUUCUGCAGUUUUAACUGGUGUUUCCACCUGGGAGCGACACAAAGGAGGAAGAGACACAUUUGACGAGGUCAUGUUGGAGUAAUGCCUAUUUUUUUCCUCUUGUAUGUAAGAUCCACAAAUAAGACAUUUUUAGGGAUCGAAGAAACAGCCGCCAUCAGCGCAAAUACUCCCCAGCCAGCUGUGAUAUCAGGCUCUUGUACAUUUUAUUAAAAAAUUAAAGGUUUUCUUUCUUUUUU